AUUGUGGUCGCCGGUGCCUGGGCAGAAACAUAAACCCCACGAAGCUCCAGCGAUCUACGGUAACUUUCACCCCGGACAGGCAAUUGAAAGUUCAGUAGCUGGUGAUCUUCGACCGCCUACAAAGCAGCCAUGUCGUCGACAUCCCAAAAACAUAAAGAUUUUGUGGCCGAGCCCAUGGGUGAGAAGUCUGUCAUGGCUCUUGCUGGCAUUGGAGAGGUCCUUGGCAAAAGACUGGAAGAGAAAGGUUUUGACAAGGCGUAUGUUGUCCUCGGGCAGUUUCUGGUGCUAAAGAAAGAUGAGGAGCUUUUCCGGGACUGGCUGAAGGACACAUGCGGGGCAAAUGUCAAACAACAAGGUGACUGCUAUGGCUGUCUUAAAGAAUGGUGUGAUGCCUUCCUAUAAAGCCUUCAGUCAUUGUUUUCUACUUCUGAAGUCCAAACUGUUCCUUCGUCACAGAUUUUCAUUAAAUUACAACACAAUAUAUGUGAACUGACACUGUACACACUGAGGUUUAUUGAAGUCAGCUUGUUUUUAAACUAAAAGUUGUUAGUGUAUUUCUGAAGUCCUUUGACCCACAAAUAGAAUUCACACAUGUCCCUCUCAUGGCCUUAGAGUUUUGUCAUUGUAUUGUAUUUAUCAUUCUUUAAAUUGCCAUUAAAUUGAAACGUCUGGUGUAUAAUCUCAGAAUGUGACAAUUCUAUUUGCCUGUUAUGUGUGCUCACCAUCAGUAGCCCUUAUCACUGCAAACAUUUUAAUUUGUCAUAGUUGUAGUAACAUCACAGGCGUAACUAAUAACGAUGGCUUCUUUUCAUUAGCUUUUACCAGCAAGUCGUGUCACUGAGCCUGCAUGCAGAUUAGCAGGGCUGUGACAGUGGUACGCCUAAAUGUAAUGCAACCUUUAUUAACAUUAGUGCACCUGUGUUUGACAAGGCAGAAUGUCUGCUGUGAGAAAACUUUAUUGAUUAGCCUUAGACUCAAUAUCUAGUUUCCAGUUUUUGGAAAAAGCUGCUUAAGGUAAUAAUAUUCAGUUCAUAUCAGAAUCAUUACUACAAUGCAUGAAUUUUCUGUUGAAAGGGUGGAUUUUAAAUGUUUGGUAAUCCUUCUUUGGUCACAUACUGAGACUUUACCUUUUUAAGCUAAACAUUGCUACUCUGAUCAGUAUUUUGAUUUCAGUUCACAACAGAUUUUUCUUUUUGUGUAAAGUGACGACUUACCAAUGCAAUAUACGUUAAUAUUUGUACACACCUUCAGCUCUUGGGCCUCUUGCCCCAUUUGUCUGCUUUUUAAAGUAGGGCUGCAGCGAAUUCUUAUUUUCAUUAUCAUGAUUAAUGUGCAGAGUAUUUUUAAAAUUAAAUCUUUUUGUCCAUGAAAUGUGAAAUUGUGAAAAAAUGCUCAUUGCACUGUCUCAGGGUGCAAAGUGACAUCUUUGAAUUGGUUCUUUUGUCCAACCACCAGUCCAAAACCCAAAGACUUUUCAUUUACCGAUGAUCAAAAAGUGACAAAAGCAGCAAAUCCUUACAUUUAAGAAGCUGGAACCAGACAAUGUGAAAGUCUUAAUCGAUUAUCAAAAUAGUUGGCAAUUUAUUUUUAUAUUGAGCGACCAAUUGAUUAAUCCACUAAUCGUUGCAGCUCUAUUUUAAAGUGAUUGGAAAGUUGAUGUAACACCCACCUCCACCAUCUCACAUGUUUGCUCAAAGCUUGUUUGAACCCGAAGAUGGAAAUGUAUAUGAGGAUGCAGAUGCAAAAAGCUGAAACACUGUCAAAAACACGUCUAUUGCUGAUGAGUGGACUGCAGCCUUUUGCAUUAAAGAAUAAAGUUACAUGUGUGUGUCCACAAGAUUAGCCAGACAGUAGUGCUAAUGUGACGUGAUGAUGCGUGCAGCCAACAAAGCAUUUAGUUAUCUGCCUUAAGUGCUGGGGAUUGAGGCAAAUGAGUAGACCACAUUCACUUGUUGGUGCGCUUAAAUGUAUACCUUGAUAUAGGGAAAAAAUUGUUUUGAUUGAGUAGUGUCAUGAUCGUACGACAUCAGUCUGAAUCUCAACCAAAAACCAUGAUACAGUAAAUCAGUGAGCUCCCUGUUUGUUCACUAAAGGUAUAAUAUGUAACAUUUCUGUGUUGAAAUGUCUAAAGAAAAUCACUAGACCGAUCUCAUGCAUUUUGUGGAGUAGCGUACUUUGUGCUCAUUAUUUCCAACAAUGUUCCAACCCAGAGAAAUCUCUACUUUUAUUCAAAGUAAUGGUGCAUUUCAGUGGGUUGCCUGUGAAUGGUGACAUGACAACCAGCAGAUAAUACUUUAGAGAGUGAGGAAGGAAGUCGGCAAAUGUGACUAAAUGUAACGUACGUACAACUUUCAUACAUUACCUCGUCCGGGAACAUUUCAUACACAUUAGUGGCAGUGGUGGUGGUUUAACAAUGAAGACAGCAACUCCCAUGAUCCCACACUGCUUCACAGCAUUAUCAACCUUUGUGUUUUGUGUUAAUUGUUUUGAUUGCUAGCUGCAGAAAUGACAUACUGUGUGAUUAACGCUUGAGAGGCUAAAGUAGUCGAUCUGCUGUAUAUAUGUGAUAGAAUGUAUUUGAAGCUUCAGUAGAAGUUGAUCUUGUUUCUUUACUGCAAACCAGAAAACCCAACAAAACCCACGCAAUCUCUUUCUUGACUUUGUCAAAGGGAAAAGGUGAAGCACUGAUUUAGAUUCUGGUGAUUCUGGAGAGGGAAUACCACCGAUAGUGUUUAUUUUUUAACAACAAUCCUGAUUUAGGCCAGGACUUCAUAACUGAGCUUGAUGUUAUCUUCGACUUUGUCUUUUUACACAUGAGAUGCCUUAAUGCAUGUUAGUUUUAUUCUGCCAGACGAACUAUAAGAUCUGACAUAGUGCAUGUCCACGCUGUGUUCCAUAAUCUUUCACACAUCACCAGCUGUUUGAAGAUAUAACUUGUCUAGCAGCUUUAUGUUGAAACACUGGCUGACAUGUUUGCAUUUGACUGUGAGAACUCAGUUUCAGUUUUUAUAUUUCUCUUAUUGUUAAAAAAAAAUAAAAGACAAGCUAUCA